AUGAUGAUGAUGAUGAUGAUGAUGAUGAUAGAAAGCCAGCAGAAGACACUUGCAGGUCCACAUCUUGCAACACAGGCCAUCAAGCCCCAGGGGUUCAGCGUUGUAUCAGCCCUCCUAUCAACCUUUGUCCUCACACAUUUCUUCUUCCAGCCCAUCGGGCACAAGGUGUCAGGGACCCCUGUGCCCCCGCCUGCAGGGACGGAUUCCUGCUCAGAGCCGCCUUCCUCUGGGAGGAACAGCUGCAGGGAGAAGCGAGAUGCUGCUGGGAAGAAAACGUGCUUAGCAGAUACGCUAUCAAAAACACGCUGCCGUGAUACGCAUGGGGUGACCCGUGACCGUUGGCCACCCCCAGUUGGGCUCUCUCUCCCCACCACCAUGCGGGUGACAAGCGUGAUCCGGUCCGUGGCACUGUUCAUCACACUGCUGGGCACAUGGUUCAUCGUGCAGACGUACUUCGACCAGAGCUGGAAAGACAUCAGCCUGCGAAGCUGGCUUGGUGCCACCGACAAGCUCAGCAGCAAGCAGCUGCCCCGGCACAAGUGCGGGAACCGGAAGAGCUGCCCCGAAAAUUAUUUUGCCUUCAGGAUCAUCAGCGGCGCCGCAAACGUGGUGGGACCCUCCAUCUGCUUCAACGACAUGGUCAUCAUGAGUAAUGUGAAAAACAACAUUGGCAGAGGUCUGAACAUCGCACUGGUGAACGGAACAAGCGGGCAGCUCCUGAAAGCUGACACAUUCGACAUGUACUCUGGAGACAUUAACAAACUGGAUACUUUCCUCCAGGAGAUCCAGCGUGGCACCAUUGUGCUGACAGCCAGCUACGAUGAUGCUGCCACAAAGAUGAACGACAAAGUACGGGCACAUUUUGUAGAGCUGGGCAGCAGCCACGUGAGCAAGCUGGGCUUCCGGGACAACUGGGUCUUCUUAGGAGCAAAAGGGCUGAAGAACAAGAGCCCCUUUGAAGAGCACAUCAAAAAUGAUAUGAAGACAAAUAAAUACGAUGGCUGGCCUGAGCUGCUGGAGAUGGAGGGCUGUGCCCCCAGGAAGAUGGAUUAACAUCAAGCCCCAGCCUGCCACAGAGGCAAGACCAGUCUCAGAGGGACACGAGCCCCAUCAGACUGACCCCAGCCCCCCACUGCCUGUCACACAGCUGCCUGCUCCAGGGACCAGCUGUUUCACAGCAGAGACUGUGCAGGGCUGGGAGAAGAGCUGUACAAGUGCCUACAGAGCCUGAGAAAACGCCCAGCCAGGUUUCACCUGAGCUGUCCUCAUCCAUGGGUCAAUCUGGGGUAUUUUAUUUUUCUGUCUUUAAACCAAAAACUCUGUAGAAGGUUUUUCA